GAAAAAUCCCACCGCGGAAGGGGGGGAGGGCGAGAGAGGGAGGCAGAGAGAUUGCAGUCAGCCAGCCCAGCAGUGCUGCCAGGAAGGAGGCUGCAAGCAGGGCGAGUUCCCCUCACGGUGCAGCAGAGGGAGGAAUUGCUGAGGCGAGCUGCAGCUGCUGCCUUUUGAACCCAGAGCCGCGGAAACGACCCCGGUUGUCUAGAUCCUUCAACUCCACUGUGCUUUGGGCAGUCCCGGAGCGCACCUCAUCCUCGCACCCCAGCCUGCGGCUGCUUCAAUUCCCUAUUGCGCUCGCCCUCGCCUGCCCCUGGAAGAUGCUUUUGGUGCAGACUCCUCUGUGAGAGCAUAGGGGAAUCCUUAACUCCAUCCUGAGAGCUGCGUGGCUUAUUCACUCCUGCCCCCCGACAGUUGUUGGGUGCUCUGGGUCAGUUCUCCUGCACGGAACCCCUGCAGCCUGUGCGACUCUCCCCGGGAGAACUUCAGCAGACUCAACCAGCAGCUCCUGCAUGAGGCGUGGGGGGGUUCAGUGGCAGCCAGGAGAAACGGGGGGUCCCCACCCCACCUGCCCAUGGAGGCUGUAGCCGAGGAACUGAAUGUGAGCUAAGCAAUCCUUCGCUGUAGCGGAGUUUGAGCCCCCCCUUUUCCCCCUUCAACGCCGCACCCCCUAGAACCCUGCAACAUGCUGCCUGCCUUUGCAACAGCAUGGACCCUCGCCGCUGCUUCAGGGCUCCUUCUCCUCGGUGACAUCCCUCUGAAAUUUGCAGAAGACAAUUGUUCGGACAAUUUGAAAGUGCAAUAGAGGAGGAAGGACCUGGAUCUCAGUGGGAGACAUCAGUGCAGGUAUCUCUACUGCGGUGUUAUUCCCCACCCCCAAAAAAAUAAGAGAAGGCGAACUAUCCCGGGGUUACUAUGCAAUUGCGACUGAUUUCUUGGUUUUUUAUCACUUUGAACUUGAUGGAAUACAUUGGAACCCAGCACGCCUCCAGGGUACGGCGACAGGGAAGAAUGCAUCCCAAUGUGAGCCAGGGUUGCCAAGGAGGGUGUGCCACAUGUUCCGACUACAAUGGAUGCUUGUCAUGCAAACCCAGACUCUUUUUUGUUCUGGAGAGGAUUGGCAUGAAACAGAUCGGAGUAUGUCUUUCUUCAUGUCCAAGUGGAUACUUUGGAACGCGGUAUCCAGAAAUAAAUAAGUGUACAAAAUGUAAAGCUGACUGUGAUACCUGCUUCACCAAAAAUUUCUGCACAAAGUGUAAAAGUGGGUUUUACUUACACAACGGAAAGUGCCUUGAAAACUGCCCUGAGGGGCUGGAACCCAACAAUCACACGAUGGAGUGCACCAGUAUUGUGCAUUGUGAAGCUAGUGAGUGGAGUCCAUGGAGCUCCUGCACAAAGAAAGGAAAAACAUGUGGCUUCAAGAGAGGAAAUGAAACAAGGGUCAGAGAAAUUGUACAGCAUCCUUCAGCACAGGGCAAUCCGUGCCCAGCUACAAGUGAAAACAGAAAAUGUAUUGUACAAAGAAAGAGAUGUCAGAAGGAAGGAAAAGGGAAAAAAAAUAGAGAUGAGAAAGGGAAAAGGCCAAACAAAGAAGAAAAUAGGGAGACAAGGCAGGAAAACAAAGGCCGAGAAUCCCGAAGACAAAACCGAGAACAGCGGGAAAACAAAAACAAAAUGCAGCCGAAGAAAAGAAAAGCCCAAGAUAAACAACAGAACCCAGUACCCAUCAGCACUGUACACUAAUGGCCUUACCUGAUUGUUUUAGACUUAUGAUGCUGCUAUCUCAACCAGAUCCCGGUGACAGAUGCUCAAGCCAUUCAAACCACAAAUGGACAAUGCUAUCAGUUAUUGUUAAACCUUAAACAACAUUCCAAAUAGUUCCUAUAUUCUCCAGGCAAUCAUAGUUUAUUAAAGAGACUGACAUGAGCCAAGAAUUUAAAAAACAAAAUCUUAAAAAGGGAUACUUUAAAACUGUUACAUUAUAUGCUGCCAUGCAUCUGUAAAAGGCAAUUAAGAAAUUGUGUAUAUACUUAUUAAUAGGGUAUAAAAUAUAGCAAUAUAAUGAAUGACAUCUGGAUGAACAACCUGCUUCCUCUGUAAAAUGUUUUUCAAGCUAUUGUUUAAGCAAAGUAGGAGACAAGAGAGAUGUCUAAAUCAGAGAUAAAGUAUCCCAUCGUAUAUCGUACAUAAAUAUUCAGAGAGGGUCAGGAGGGAAACCAUUUUUCAAGAGCCAGUAGGAAUCUAAGGUUUUGCACCCUGUGGUGGAUCUGAACUGAAUUACCCUGGGGUUCCCUGGUACUUGUUCCAGACUCAUGUGAGAAAUACCAGAAUACCUGCAGGGUGUUGACAGUUAAAGAAGGAAAAGAAGUGGAAGCAACUGCAACUUCAGAGACUGAAGUUCCUAAAGGAGAAGUGGUGGCGCUUUGCUCGUAUAGCAUUCUUAGCUAUGGGACAACACAAUGUUUUCUGGUCUAAACAGUGGUACAGUGCGUGCUGUUCUAUGCUUUUUAUAACUAUGUGUAACUUAAAUCUACAUUUCAAAUCUUCCAGGGAAUGACAAAUCAUAUUUGUAGGAGACGAUGCUGAGUUAAUAAAGAACAGAAAAUAGACCACGGAAAUAUGUGUCUUUCACAGUCGUGGGGGUUUUCUUCUUCUUUUUUACUGGAAGAAUCUACUACUUUAUAAUCAGCUUUAUGAACGUCAUGGAGAGAAAGGGAUACUACAUCUUUAACAAUGUAUAUCUAGUGAAAGAGAAGCAACUACAAUAAAUAUAUUUGUGGAUAGAGUGGAUAAAGUUUGGUCCAUUUUUUUUUUGCUUGAAAAUCAUGAUACAGAUGCCCCACUUAUUCCCUCUGGCAUAGCCAAAGUGAAAUUCACCACUUGUCAGAAGGCCAGAAAAGGCCCAAGCACCACUUGUGUCCUGCUUACACCCUAGUUUGAAGGCUAUAGUGAUGCUUAAGUGGUGGGUAGGCUUUGUGCUGGCUCUCUGCUCAGGGAUGGAUUUUAUCCUUGUAAAAUAAUAUAAAGAUGGAAAAUACCUAAUAGGACAUCAGUGAAAUCCUUACCCUAUCAAAAUCAAUGACAAAACUCUCCUUGAUUUCAGCAGAACCAGAUUUCGCCCUGAGAGUCCAAUCCAAAAGCAUAUUGAAGUUAAUAGAAAGAUUUCAGUGGCAUAUGGAUAAGGACCUUGGUAAUGCAGGAUUAUUUCCUACAUUUCCUUUGGGGCAGGAACCACCCUUUUAAUUCAUGAAGAGUCCCUACCACAAAGGGGCUGUGAUUCCUGACUGGGGCCUGUAGGUGCUAAUGCAAUGCAAAUAUUUAAUAAUAAUAUUCUCCCAUGCUUUGUCCAGUUCUUCAAGUGUCCCAGCUGCUGGCCCUUCCGCCAUUAAUUUGGGAGGUUAUUACGCAGAUUAUAGAGUUCUUUGUUAGGAAAUGUUCUCUGAUAUUCAGCCCGAGUAAGGCAUAAUGCCUCAAGAGAUCCCACUGGAGCAGUGCAUCUCCAUAAACCCCUACCUUGAGCAGUGGCUAAUGAGGCACAAGUUAACCUAUUGGGUAUUGUUGCCUCUGUAUCUGAUGUCAAGCUCCUAGUUACUUGCUGUUCACUUACAUUCCAAGGGCUAUCUUGGCACUACUACUGUCCCAGUGUCUCCCUUUCAUCAAAUAUCUAUUUCAUAUUAUUAUUCCCCAAAUGUGCUAGCUUCCAUUUUUCAGAUCCAGGGUAAUCCUGUUAUGUCUGUUAGACAUUUCUAACCACUGUGGUCGCCAAAUUUUGCCCCCUCCUCUGUAACCAGUGCAGAAUGGGUGUCAGGAUUUGGAAAGCACAUGUGGGAUGUCUGUGUCUCUGCCAGCCAUUCUCUCCUAGACAGGGGAGCACACGAAACAGAAACACAGAGGCUAGCUCUGUGGCUUGGGAGGGAGGAUUCCUUCCCCCACAGCCAGUCAUUGUGGAGAUCCCCAGAUAACAGCCUGACUAGUUAGGCAACAUAAUUGUUCUGAGAUUUGCCCAUAGGCCCCUCUGUAUUAUUCUCUGUCUCCAUUGGUAUUUGGCUCGCUUCCUAAUAUAAUGGUGACUGGAAUAAACAUGUGGUUUAGCCUUUCUUCCAAAAUACUAACAACAAUGUUAAUUAAAGCUGAGUCACUUACCAUCCCCUGUGACUCCAUACCUAGCACCUCCCCUGUCUUGACACAUCCCCUUUAUAGUAUCUUUCAUUCACAGCCCUUCAGAUAAUUUUCAUGCAAGCUAAUAUUCUAUUUUAUGUAGGUUCUUAUACCAUGCUCAUCACCAUUGUAUCUGAGCUCCUUCCAGGAGUGCAUUAAACAUCAUGACUAAUA